AUGCUGAUGUUACUAGAGAUGCUGGUGUUGUUUGAGACCCUGGUGAUGCUGGUGAUGCUGAUGUUACUAGGGACGCUAGUUAUGCUGAUGUUGCUAGAGAUGCUGGUGUUGUUUAAGAAACAGGUGAUGCUGAUGAUACUGGUGUUACUAGGGACGCUAGUUAUACUGAUGUUGCUAGAGAUGCUGGUGUUGUUUGAGACCCUGGUGAUGCUGGUGAUGCUGAUGUUACUAGGGACGCUAGUUAUGCUGAUGUUGCUAGAGAUGCUGGUGUUGUUUAAGGCACUGGUGAUGCUGAUGAUACUGAUGUGA